AUGGACGUCCAUGAAGAUGAAACUCUAGUCGAUAAAUUAGAAAAAAAUUGUUCUUAUUUCGAUAAACCGUUUGAAGAGUUAUUAUGGUGUAAAGAAUGUGAUCCUUUGCGUAUGAUUGAAGGGUGGACUAGUGGAAAUUCUGAUAUAGAUAUAUUCAUCAAAGAUACAAUAUUCACAGAUAUAAAAGAAAUUGGCGAAGGAGGGUUUGCCAAAGUGUAUUUUGCAACAUGGAUCGAUGGUCAAUCUGAAUUUAGAAAGCAAGAUGACGGAAGUUGGAAGAAAUCAAAUCCUAAACCUAUGAAGGUUGCUUUGAAAAGGUUAAAUGGAUCACGGGAAAUGUCAGCUAAAUAUUUUAAUGAGGUUGCACCUGAUGGAAAUUUGAGAAGUUAUCUUUCAGAUAAUUUUAACAACAUUUUAUGGAAAGAUAAAAUUAAAAGAUUAUAUGAUGUUAUUUGUGAUCUUUAUAAUUUACAUAGUUUAGGAUUUUGUCAUAAGAAUUUACAUAACGGAAAUAUCUUGCAAGAUAGUGAUGCUUCUUAUAUUUCAGAUUUUGGAUUAUCAGGGGCCAUUUAA